CUCUUCUAUUUACCCCACUGAUUAUGCUGCCAUUGAUUGUUGUCCCAUAUCUUCGACCGACUUGCUCUUGGGACCUACGCCGGUCAAAUGCCGGCUCCAUAGAUCCCGAGGGGCGAGGAUGACUUUCCCCUGUGUUUAAGUGCGGGGUUUACCUGGGGGAAUGGUGAUCUAUAGUUACCUAUCAGUACUUCCAGGGCACUGCCCAUAUCUGAUAGGAGAUCCGAGCACUCGGAAUCUGAUGGUUAACCCGUCAACUAGAAUAUUACCAUCUACGGAUUUACCCUAAUGUCACGCGUCACAUCCACUCCCCUCCGCCAUCAUGUCCUCCAGCCAGAACCAUCAGCAAGCGCUUGGGAAUCUAUCUGCACCCAGUCCAUUCAAGCUCCCGAGUGCUGUCAGGCCAUUAGAAGAGGCUAUUCAAGAAGGCAAAACUUGGUCAUUGCCUGGCACAUCAUCUACGGUGCUCUGGAUAGAACCGAGGAUCCGAUCAAGAAUCGUCUUAGAAAUCAACCCGAAUUCCAUGCUUAUCUCAAGAGCGACGGAGGGUGGCCUGAGCGAGAACUUACCGAGUUGCUGAGAAGUAUGGCAAACAACCGGGUGCCCUGGAGCGAUUCAUUUAAAAAUGAAGCGUUUCUAAUACCUGAGCUAGAGCCUACCGAGAAUGAGACGGACGAAGAUCUUACUACUAUACUCGCAUGGGAUAGUACAUUUAAAGGCGACCUCGCAAAUGUACUUCUUGAGACUAUCGCGGAUUACCUUUCCGAGGAUGGAACUCCGCACCUAGCCAGCAUCAUCAAUUCGUCCGGAACCGGCAAGUCCCGGAUGGUGGAUCAACUUGGCAAGGGAAUUAUAUCGGUGCCUAUGUGCUUACGUCCGGGAAGCGAAGGGUUCCCUCCUCCUGAUGAGAUACUACGUGCUUGGCUUGUUUCCGGGACAGAUGAUAGAACUACUGUUCAGAAAAAGCUGUAUGGAUUCGUAUAUUCUCUCCUAGUCGUCACUCUGAGGAAACUGGAAACCACCGUGUCAAAGAAACAAGAUAUACCCAAGUUACCUCUUGAUGCAGCAUCCACUAAGAAAUUGUCAAAGGAGAAGCUGAAGGACUAUGUAUCAUUGGUAGUGGAUCGCCACAAGAGGUUGGCAUCUGCCUUCCGUAAAUAUAUGACCACGGGACAAUCACAUCACGCCACGAAUCCCGAUCGAAAAACUUUCUACCAUGAGGUAAUCGAGUUAGCUAAUAAGUUUGUGAAAAACGGUGCACAUGGCUGGUACGUUUCCAGAGGUGAUGGCCUACUGCAAGAGGCAGGUGAGAGGCUCUGUCGCUUCAUUGACGAACACAAGGUUUUGGAGUCGGACAGUGGCCCACAACGGCCCCUGGUAGUCCUUGCUUUCGAUGAGGCUCAUGUCCUCACUGAUAAUCCGCCAGACCAAGAAGGCUGGAAUCUGUUCUCGGAGCUGCGUCGAAUCCUACAACAGAUCCAUGACCUCCCAAUAUUUUCACUGUUUAUUUCGACAGCUGGACGCCUCAAUCAGUUCUCCCCAGAAAUCCGUUCUGGUCCAUCAGCUUGGGCCAGUGAACCUGACCACCGUCCGCUGAAUCUGAUUUCGGAAAUCAGCUUCGACGACAUCGCGUACCCGGCAUUGAAGGAUACUGUCACAAUACACAGAGUGG